GCGGUGUUCUCUUCGUGGAGUCACAUUGAAGACGAAAAUCCCGGUUACUAUAACAUCAGGACCGGUGACCAGUCAGCCCUCUCCUGAUGCCUUUAUCUGGAUGAUCCCUAACAAUGUUUACUUCAAAGGUCGUCCCUCGACUCAGUCUAUUACGUAGAGCAACUUGUGCACUUCAACCUCACGGAGAAACUUUGAAUGGAUGUGUGCAACCAGUCAUUCCCGCUUCCUGCUCUUCAAUAAAACAGAAACUCAGAAACUAUUCGACAGCAGCGGACAACAGAUCUCCACCUCGAUGGGUCCAACUCGAGCCAGAGUUGGAAGACGCUCUCGUGCCGCGUAAACUGUCAGUAAGUCCUCUGGAGAGCUGGCUCUCCCUGCGCUACUCGCUUCCACCCCUGCUGGAGGCUCCUCAGCCCCAGGAGGAAGUGGAUCUUCUUGAGGAGAAGGUGCUGCCACCACUUUCUGUCCCCGUAUUUGAGGAUGGCGAGAAUUCAGUAACGCCUCUUAGCUGUAAGAAUGUUCUUGAGAUCCGGCGAAGGAAGAUGAACCGGCACAAAUACAAGAAGCUGCAAAAACGGACUAAAUUCCUGAGGAAGAGAGUGAUGGAGGGCAGGGGUAAGAAGAAGCAGAAGCGAUUUGAGAAAGACCUGCAGAGGAUUUGGAGACGAGCCGGCCUGAAGAAAGCUCCAGAAGGAUGGAAUACACCUAAAAUCUUCGUUAAACAUUAUGGAGGCAGAAAGGACUGAGAAACACUUGAGUGUGUGUGUGUGUGUCACAUCUUUUCACACUGGACGGCUCUGCACACCACUCAUGACACACUGCAGUUAAAGCCCAACAGUACACUUUGCAGCCUAAAGCUUAAUUAAAGUAUGUUGCAAUUAUGACAUAUUCCCUUUGUGUGUACAAUUAUUUUUAACAACGUGUACAUAAAUCUAAUAAAGAUCUGUCUCUG